GGCAUGUCGAAAAUCAUGGUGAACGAAGGAACAAUGGUAACAGAUGCUAACAGAUACAGGACACAGGGGUAAGGAGGUUGAGAGUGUUGGUGAUCUCCUCAGAAGGGGGAUGGCAGGGGGGAAGAGGGGGAUGGACAGGAAGAGAACCUUUCAAGUGAAGCAGACUCCAUGGAAGCACCUGGAGACCCAUUUGAGCUCCCUGUGAUUUGAAUCAUGGUAUUUUGUGGACGACAUUGCCAUCGCCGUGACGAUGAGGGCAUGGAGGGUUGGGCUGGUGUUAGGGCACACAGGUGAACCAAGCAUGCACCAGCACAUCCCAGCUGGCAGUCUCCAGGUAGAAUAAAUGCCUGAUCAGUUCCCAGUGAAUGUGUAGUUAAUGGAGGUCCUGAAGCCAUCUUUUGUCUGGUUGUAGGCCUUUGUUGUGGGCUUUCCGGCCGAUGAAAGGAGCAACAAUGUGAUUGAGUACUAUGAGACAUCUCCCUUUCCUUCCAUCUUUGCUGGGCCAGAAAACACCGGCUUCAAUCACUCCUCAACAGCUCAUCAUAAAGAAACGCCACGUCCUCAAAAUGGCUACCGAGAGAAAGACAAUCGACGACACUCCCAUCCCUUACACGGCCUCUCCCCUGCAGCUGCUGUGGGGAGACGUCUGUCUAAUCUUCAGGAACCUGCGGCUGCUCCGUAAAAUCGUCUCACCUCUUAGGCCAUGCCUUUCGGGAACGUUGGACGAACUUGGUCCCUCAUGGGAGAAUUGGUUUGGCGUUGCCGUCCAUGUAUCUCUCUUCAUCCUGCAGAUCGCGUUCCUGCUCUCUUUGCCCAUCUGCCUUGCGCUCAUGGUGCCAGCAGCUUGGGUCAUCGUGUACAUUGCUGCAGUUUUGGUUGCGAACAAUGCCGUUUGCAACGUGGUCCUGAAUGGAAAACAGAGAUUUCUCGUGUCCAAGGGCCCCAGUGCACAGUUCCCGGGUCAUGAGAGAGAGCACUGGAUCUUCAUCAACGGAGUUUCAGUUGGGCAUCACUGGAUGCAGAGUAACCUUGACCGUCUGGCGCAGACGUUUGGCCGUAAGGUCACCGGCGUGCUUAAUCCAACGUAUGGUAUCAUAUUCGAUCUGAUUCAAUGCUUGAUCCAGCGAGACUUUGCCUACGCGACCCAGGACGUCCGAGACGCGUACCCCUACAUCAAGAAAGCCCUGCUAAAUCCGCAAUUUGACAAGGUUGUCCUCAUUGUGCACAGUCAAGGGGGCAUUGAGGCUGGUCUCGUAAUUGACUGGCUCCUGGCUGAGAUGCCCCAAGAGAUUCUCCAGCAUUUGGAGGUCUAUACCUUCGGAAAUGCGGCCAACCACUGGAACAAUCCGAACAGGACGCUUUCGACUGACAGAGAAGAUCGUCCGAGCAUCCCCUACAUCGAGCACUAUGCCAACUCCGAAGACUUUGUGAGUGUGCUGGGCGUGCUCAAUUACACUCCCAUUCCCAACCGCUACAUGGGUCAGCUCUUCGUGCGGUCCGGUCCAGGCCAUUUGCUGAACCAGCAUUACUUGAACACGAUGUUUCCCCUCGGAUCCGACGGCAAGGUGAUGAGCGCGAACGGCUUCAUGAACACGCAGGUUACAACCGACGCCACACAGACGGGCAUUUGCGUGAUCAAGGAGCGAGAACGCCGCAGGAGGCAGAGGAAAGCUCUGAGGGUGAAAGAUCUCAGCCGUCUCUGGAUGUACAGGAAUGGAGGAUCGCCUCCGGAGGAUCAUCUUUCUGCUGUUUGACGGGGGUCACGGUGGAUCUGUAUCUCUAGAUACAUUCUCGUCUUCAUUUCUUCUUCCGCUCGGUCUGCGGGCCGGCGGCAACUGUCAACAAGUAACCAGGAUCCAUAAUUACAUGCAUCCAUCGGUGGAGCGCUCCAUCCGAGCCCAAUAAUAACGGCGAUGGAUGGAUUGCUUAUCGGUGGGUUUGCCGAAUUUAAAAGGCUUCUUUCGUUUCUUCCGUUGCGUUAUUCUUUAUUAAAC